AAGGUCAAAGAAACCAAAAGCCUUCCAUCAUAAAAUUCUGCAAUUUCCCCUUCCAAACGCCAAACAAACAAAAUCGCAAAUUGUAAAAAAUUUGAACACCCCAAUGGCCCAAAUUCAAAGACCCAGAAGCAUUAUUGAUUCUUUAGGGGAAGAAAUAAUCAGAAUCCUAACACCAGUCUCAAUCUGUAUGUUUAUUGUGGUGAUUUUGGUUUCAAUCCUCAACACAGACUCCUCUUCAGGGUCAUCAACAAUAAACACCAUAGCUACCAUGGCAUACAGUGAGACAACCUCAGACUCAUUUGGGGAUAAGCUCAAAGGUGCCCUUUUGAACUCACUCGUUUUUGUGGCAGUUGUCACUGUUGUUACUUUUAUACUGGUGCUUCUUUUUUAUCUUAGAUGCACUCAGUUCUUGAAACUCUACAUGGGUUUCUCUUCGUUUAUUGUUUUGGGAUUCAUGGGUGGUGAAAUAGCCUUGUUCUUGAUUAAAGAUUUUAGUUUUCCUAUUGAUUGUUUCACUUUUUUGGUGGUUUUGUUCAAUUUUGCUGUUGUGGGUGUGUUGGCUGUGUUUAUGUCAAAAAUGGCUAUAUUUAUCACACAGGCUUAUUUGGUUGCUAUUGGGGUUUUAGUUGCUUACUGGUUUACUCUUUUACCUGAAUGGACAACUUGGGCACUAUUGAUUGCCAUGGCAUUGUAUGAUCUUGCUGCUGUGUUAUUGCCUGUUGGGCCAUUAAGGCUUUUGGUAGAGCUUGCAAUAUCUAGGGAUGAAGAUAUCCCUGCACUGGUUUACGAGGCUCGGCCUGUGGCUAAUCAUGAUUCAGGCUCAAGGAAUGGUUUAGUUCAAAGGAGGUUAUGGAGAGAAAGGAGAAAUGUAGGAAACGGCUCUGAAGAGAACUUGAACUCUAACUUUGCUUUGGAUUCAAAUUUGACCAAUAGUACAGUUAAUUUAGCUGAUGCUGGUCAUAAUGCCUCAAGAUUGGUUGGAGUUGAAGAGGGGCAACUUCAUGAAAGGGAAGCAGAGCUUUCAGCUCCAUUAAUUGAUAGCAGGAAUGGUAUUCAGUUGCAUGGGCAGAGAGAUUCUAUCUCAAAUGAAAGUUUGCUGCUUGAGGGUAUUGGGUUGGGUUCGACUGGUGCUAUCAAGCUGGGGCUCGGGGAUUUUAUCUUCUAUAGUGUGUUAGUUGGAAGAGCAGCAAUGUAUGACUUUAUGACUGUGUAUGCAUGUUAUCUUGCUAUUAUAGCUGGUCUAGGCAUUACAUUGAUGCUAUUGGCAUUGUAUCAGAAAGCUUUGCCAGCUCUUCCAGUGUCAAUUGCCCUAGGGGUUUUGUUUUAUUUCUUGACUCGGCUGUUACUUGAAGCUUUUGUUGUACAAUGUUCAUUGAACCUUGUGAUGUUUUAACAAUUUAAUAAGUUAUUGUCGUGUAAUAAUUUGCCACAGCUCAAAGUUGAUUCUUUAGUUUGAAAUUCAUCAUUUAUA